AUGACUGAUAUAUCUCCGGGCGAUAACUGGAUCGAUCUACAUCCUGUGUUUCGUGAAAUGAAAAGCCUUGGGAUCGAGGACAGCGCUCAGAUCCACGCCGCCUUCCUCGCGUAUAUGGACCUGACUGAGGUUCGUCACUGGAAAGAGGUGUCCUGUCUCAAGAGCUCGGAGCUGCAGGUGGUUUUACUGGAGGCACAGGAGAAAGACGGAGGACCUGUGCACACUGUGCUUCCGCUGCCUGACCAUCAGGCCAUCACCCACAACACCAUCCGCUGUGUGCUGGAUAGAGGAUUUCCCAUGCUGCUUUGCGCUGUGGCAUCAGACUCCACUCUCGUCUACCAGAAGGUCUGUGAUGGUCUGGUGACACCGGAGCCCCCCGCUGGACCCUUCCAGGACGUGGGGAGGCAGCACCGGAAGAGGAAGCACCACCCACAAUAA